CAAUUUUAUUUUCGGAUCAAUUUUCAUUUUCAAGAUGGCGUCAGGAAUGACAACUUCAAAAUGGAUAAAAUUUUUUAUCGAUUCUGGCUUACCACCUAAUGUAUCUGCAAAUUACGCAAUUAUUUUUACGGAUCAUCGAAUUCAAAUGGACAUGCUGCUUGAUUUGUCUAAAGAAUAUCUUUUUGAUAUGGGGAUAAGAACAUUAGGUGAUGUUAUUGCAAUAUUGAGACAUGCAAAAAUUGCUCAUAAUCAGGCUGUUAAAGAAAAAAUGAUUAUUGUAGAGAAUAAUCAAGCUACAUCAAGCCCCUUAAGAAAGUCUACACCUGCAAGUAGAAUGUUGGAUCAUUAUACCAGAAGAGUAACUAAACCUAAUGAUUCAUUAAAUGAGUCAGGGGUUAGAAAAUUGACUGAAACUGAAAAAUUCAGUGAAGGUAAAAAUACUGUAAUAAGUCUGAAGAGAAAAACACCAGCACCACCUGCAGUAAAGAAAGUUAGAAGAGUACUUCCUGAACAUGAAGGAACAUAUAAAGUUAAAAUGCCUGCUGGAACAACAGAAAGAACUAGGAAAAUAUUGAAUCAACAAAGAUUAGAAAGUGCCAAAAGAUCAGUGUUUGAUCGACUUGGUGAUAGUGCUGUAAGCAGCUCUACUGAUGUUUCAACAACAAAGAUUCAAAAUUCUUCUGUAUUUCAAAGAUUAGGUCCUUCUAAAACUCAGGUAACUACAUCUAGUCCUGCCAAUAUGAAUGACGAUGAUGAGGAUGAUGAAAGAAAUAAGGCAAUUUCACCUUUACCUUACCAAGGAGUUUUAAAAAUUACAGGAAUAAAGAAGACAAUUCCUUCGAAUACAAUAAAAAUUACAAAAGUUAUAAGGAAUCCUGAUGCAUUAGUUAAAUAUUCUGCCAUGACUCAAAGAACAAGCAUAAUGAAGAGACUUGGACCCAAACCAACUUUAUCAAAAUCUUUAGCUGAUUCUUCUACAGAACCAACUUCUCUAAUAAUAAAAAAAUCUAUAGAAGCUGCAACAGCAAUCCGGAGAUUUCCAAUUACGUCUGCAAAUAAAUAUAACACUGCUGGCAUUCUUGGUAACAAGUCAAAUCUGAAAAGGAUAAACAUUAAGAAUAGAUUAGGACAGAAGUUACCAACAGGAAAAACCAAUGCCAUACUUAAGAGGACAAACGUUAUUAAUUUAAGGAAUGUAAAGAAACCAAUGUCUGAGAGAUUAGGACCUCCUAGGAUCACAUUAUAAAAUAGAAUAUGACAAAAAGUGAAUAGUCUAUUCAGAAUAUUUUAAUUUAUGAGUAAUUUAGUUAAUAAUUAAGAACUGGUUUUAAUUUUAAAUAUUACAUACUUUGAUGACGUUUUUGUUUAAGCAAUAAAAAUUUAAGUUUCAAUGUUCAGUAAACACAAAUUUUUUAAAUAUAUUUUUGUGAAAACAAUAAAAUUUUACUUCAUUAAACAGUAAUAGAAGUACUGUACCUGAUGGUAUUUAAUUGAGUCAACAUUGUACAUAUUGACAGUGUGCCUUUUCAUUUGUUCUGACUUUGGCUUCAUUUCAUUUCACUUUUAUUUGACAUAAUUUAUAGUAAACAGUAAUUACAUAAUAAAGUUGUUUUUUAAUAAAUUGCAUUAUUUUAAAGGAAAAUGAUUUUAUUAUAUUUCACAACAUGGAUGGGCAUUACAUUAUCAAUUUUCAGCAUUGUAUUAUUUGUGUGUUAAAGUUUUCAAUGGUUAAAGUAUGAUAAAAAUUUCAAAUCCAUAAUUUCUUUUA